GGAAUUCCCAUACGGGUUAUUUUUACAGUUAACUGCCAUCCCAUAAUAGUUUGCGAGAAUGGCGGAGCCAACAGUAGGAAGUGACUCUAGUCCAGAGGGCCCAGAUCGGGAUUUUGAAAUGACAGCGGACAUGAUGGUCCAUGAUUAUGAUGACGAGGGAACCUUGGAGGAUGAAGAGAACCAGGAAGGAAGUGACAGUGCUGCAAAGGAACUGAACGACCUGGAGAAGGAUGCUGAAAUCCCAAUGGACGAACUCAUGGCUAUGUACUGUGGACGUCAGGAUGGGUCGCCUCAAGAUGAUGCAAACAGUACUGACAACAGCACAGAUGAGAUAUUAGAAACAAAUGAUUUGACGCUUGACAAAGAAGAGAUAGGUCGCGACCUUUUGCCAAAUGAUGACAACAACCUGGUGAAUGAUGCUGGAGAUGAGGAUGCCGAUGAGUUACACAGUGACUUCUUCCCAGACCAUAAUGCAGAAAGUUUAGCAACAGCUAGGUUGCUCAGAUCCACUACACAUCACACUCCUGACGAUGAAGAAGAUAGCUGUUCUGAAGACUCAGAAUAUAUUCCCCAACAUGACUGGAAAAAGGAAAUUAGUGUAGGAGAGGACUUCCAAGCUGUAAUACCGGACGGCCUUUGCCCCUACGAUGAUGCCCCAGCCUAUGAGAAUGAGGACAGGCUGCUGUGGGACCCUAGUAAAUUAGACGACAGUCAAACAGAAAGUUACUUGCGUCAAGUACAAGUUGCCACAUCAGCCACUGCCAAAGACCUUCAUGCUGUUAGCCAAGGGGCACAUACUAGAGAUGAUGAGAAGGUGUUGUAUGUGCUACUACAAUGUGGUUACAACAUUGAGGAAGCCUUAAGGAGGCACAAGAUGCAAAUUGCACCAAUCACGGAUGAGAUGAGUUUGUGGUCUGAGGAUGAGUGUAGAUUCUUUGAAAGUGGACUCAGAUCCUAUGGCAAAAACUUCCAUUUAAUUAAGUUACAUAAGGUUCAAACAAGGUCGGUUGGUGAACUUGUUCAAUUCUAUUAUCUUUGGAAGAAGACAGCCAGGCAUGAUGUGUUUGCAAACCAAACUAGGAUAUCAAAGAAGAAAUAUCAUUUACAUCCUGGGAUAACCGAUUACAUGGAUCGGUUCUUAGAUGAUCCAGAGACGAUAGCAAGCCCAACUCCGGCACAGUGUCUAAUGGAUAAUAUUCGUCAAAUUAGAUCAAGCAAUAUGGAUGGAGCAAGCAUUCCAGAAUUACAGGCCGGAGAAGUAUCACCUGAACCAGGUGGUUUGCCAGUUAGCAAUCUGCCACUGGAUGAUGUUUCAUUGCUGAGUGUUCCAAGCUUAAAACAUCCGCGGACGGAAGAUUGUGACGAGGCUGACCGAACAGUAGUAAAACGCUUAAAAGUAGACAGCGACAACCAAAUAACGUACGAACCUAACAAUACUGACUAUGCUGCAGAUAUAGCCAAGCAUAUUCAAGGGCAUGACUUUAGGAAUAACCUUAUUGGAUCACCUAUGAACAGAAUACAAAAUGUAAUGGCCAUGUCUCUACCUUUUGACUCUCACACCAGCAAUUUGCUGGCAAACACAAGGACAUUGACCCCAUCGUUAGCAGAGGCUGUUCAGGUACCACAGUGACACACAGACAUGCAAUGAUUUAUUUAUUUACAAAAGUGAAGAGAGUGAAUUGUGUAUUUUGCUACUGUUUGAGUGUAAGCCAAACAUGGCUUAAUUUCUUGUCUUUUUUAAUAUAUAGAUUGAAAUAUAUAUAAAUGAAUAUAUAUAUAUAUAUAAAAAAAAAACAAUUGUAUGAAAACCUUGCCAAAGGAAAGUGUCUCGGUGGGUGGGUCAGAGGUCAAGAUAAUUCGCCAUUCUCUGUAAAUCUGAAUAGCAACAAAUUUCCAGAAAAUAAUGGUUGUGGGCGGGUUGAAAAAAAAAUUUACAGAAAUAUUUUAAUAGUGAGCAACAAGAUAAAUCGAAAGUAAUGAUUGAAACAGAUUUACAGAUCUGUAAUGUGUGGAAUGAAAGAAAGAUCAUUCCAUGAUUACUUUUAAACCCAUGGAAUACACUUAAAUGAUUUAAUACAUACUUCAAAAAUCAGGUCAAGAUCAUUGGGGUAAGUCAUCAAAUAUUAUUCAUUAUUAUAAAGUAAUGAAAAUGGAAUCUAAACAAGUAAGGCAAGUGAUGUCAAGCACACUGCAGUUCUUAGAGUGAUGCAAUAAUCAAUGUGAUUUAUUUUACUAUGGUAUAUGUAAAAAAUAAAUAAAUGUGUUUAAAAAAGAAUUCCUCAUUAUUGGCAGCAAAAAUAAUGAUAUUUUAAAGAUCAAGGUAAAAGAUUGAUGUUGAUCAUCAUGACAACUGGCAUGUAAGAAUAAUCAUAGCAAAUGUGUUAGUAGUCCCCAGCGUAAAACAGUAAACCCCAUGAGCAAGUUCUUUCAACUAAUUUAGACCAUGGAUAGACUCUGAUGGGGUAGAUACCAAAAUUGUCAAUUCAGUAAAUGUUUAUGUGUAGAAUACUGUUAGUCAUUUUUAGAGACUGGUGCGAUGGGCAGUUUACCUAUGGCAGAGCCCUUACUGGCUAACAGAUAAAGAAUUAUGUUAACCUUUCCAAAGCUUUAGCACAUGUUAAUGUAGAUAAGCUGCAUAGUAUAUUGAUCAAAUUGUGGAUAAAUUGUAAAAAAUAUAAAUGAAGGAUAAAAACAUGGCUAUUAUUGUACUAAUUAAUAGUCAUUUAUAUACUUACUGAUGAUUAUAUGUUAACUAAAAGUGGAACCAAUGUAUGCAUAUAUCUAAGUAAGUGCAUAUUGUAAUCGAUGCUUAACUUUUUGAAAUCUAACCUUGUGUAAAGGGCAAUCUGUAUACAGUAUAUUAGUACCAUUAAGUUUUUACCACACUUUUCACAACUAAAAGAAACAUUUGUACAGCAAAUUGGGGUAUAUCUGUGCUACGGUUAUUUCAAUUUAACGCAAGGUGAUGGAUACGAUGUAUAGUAAUGAGAAAAAUAGAGGUCAGUUAAUGCUGCUACAUUAAGAAUUGAUGGAGAGGUUGUAUGUAGACACAGAGAAUUGAAUUAAUUUAUUAUAACUUGCGAUUCAGAGUUUGGAAUUUCUAUGUUUGUUUAGCCUUUUUGUUUGUGUACAAAUUUCUGAAGGUGUGUUCAUGAGACAGUCUCAUUCACAAUUUGCUUUAACAAUUAUUAUUUUUGUAUUUUAAGGAUAAAGAAAUGUUCUUCAGAGAGAGUAAACAGUCAUUAUAAUAGUAGUAUUCACAAUCUUUAUUUUAUUAUAGAAAACAUAGACACUGUUUUUGAUCAGUUCAAUAAGAAAAACCAAUAAUAAUUUCUACAAAACUGAUCUUGUUUAUUAAUUGUGAAGUUUUUAAUCAUAAAUAUCAAAUCGCCGUAAAAAUCAUUUUUAAAACUCUGUGUGAAAUACAGUCGAAUCAUUGCAUUAUGUUUGUUAAAAUAAGUGUUACUUUCAUGUUAUUUUUAGGUUUAUAAAGAGGAUAUUAUAUAGUAUAGUAUUUUGUUACUUAAACAUCAAGUUGUAUAAUUAUGUUGAAUUCUAAUGUUUUCUUUCAUUUUGCAUUCACCUCUGCUAAAAUUAUUCAAAGUCAAUUUUUAACUAUAUCUUAUAUCAGCUAAUGUGUGGUUUGCAUCAGAAUUUACAGCAAACUGACAGGCAGAAUGGUGUGUAGAGUACAAAAUUUAAAUUAUUUUUCUUGGAAUUACUGUAUUUUAAUUGUAAUUUAAUCAUGAAAACAGUUUUAUUAGCAUUGGUGAUUACUGUAGUCAAGAUCAGCUGAUUCUUGGUGUCUUCUAAUGUAAUUUUCAAAUAGCCACUAAAGUUCAACGUUUUGUCAUAUAAAGUGAUUUUUGCAGAUGGAUGUUGAAAAUAUAUUAGUUCAUAGUGAACUAAUGUAAAAUAUGGCUGUAAUGGUGCUAAAGAAAAAUAUUGAAGCAAAAUCGCUGUGUUGUGGCACCCCUCAACCUCAAGGUUGUGGUAUGCAUUAAUGUUAUGGUUGUGGUAUGCAUUAAUGUUAUGGUUGUGGUAUCAAGUAUUAGUUGCAUUGUAAAUCAUACGGAAAAAAUAAUAUGGAUUAUAAAUAUGAAAUUAAUUCAUUAUUUCAAAUUGAUUCAGGAAAGAAGUACCAAUUUAUAAUUUAAUUGAAAUUGUUUUGGUUCUUGUCAAAUGUAUUCCCUGCUAUUCUCAAUCUGAUAAUGGAUUUAUUUGCAAGGUGGUUUUAAAAAAUGCCCAAGAGAUUUAAUAGUACCUAUACUUGGUAGUCUGAAGAGAAGUUAAUAUUCAGAGUGUCUUGAACAAAGUAUAGUCAUCGAGUCCUAGAUGGCUUAUACCACCAAAGUAUCACUUUCUGAUUACUCGGAUUGUGAUCUAGGUCAACAUUGUGAGUUAUAAAUUUCUGAGUAACUACACGAAUAGUAAUACUUGAUUCACAAGAAGAUUAUGUUGCACCCAUUCUGUGCGAAAGAAAAUAUAGCAUGCACAGUGUAUGUAAAUUUGCAUCCCUGAAAGAUUAGCAUGUGUCCUGUGUAAUAUUCAUGUAAAGUAAAAAUAAAAUGUUGCAGAGGCCUGUAACACCCUUGAGAACAGUUUUGUGGGCAUGCUAAUGGGGCUCAGCUUAGCUUCACCCAGUAAAGUAAAAAUAAAAUGUUGCAGAGGCCUAUAACACCCUUGAGAACAGUUUUGUGGGCACGCUAAUGGGGCUCAGCUUAGCUUCACCCAGUAAAGUAAAAAUAAAAUGUUGCAGAGGCCUAUAACACCCUUGAGAACAGUUUUGUGGGCAUGCUAAUGGGGCUCAGCUUAGCUUCACCCAUACUUUUAAUGUCAGGUGCACCAACCGACAUUGUUUAGGAAAUUCCUUGCCAGAUAUUUUUCUGAUGUGAAUUGGGUAUUAAAUGUCUGUGAAUUAUACUAGAUCUACCGUAGUCCAAACCAAGCUAUGGACAGGUGUAUUGUAUUAACUAAUGGUAAGUGGUUCUUUUUAAAAAAAAAUGAUAUUGGACAACAAGAUCAUGUAUAAAUGCUAUUGCCCAUAACACUAAAAUUGCCAAUUGUUUAUUUCUUAGUAUGGAAUUAUGCUUUUUUACAAAUUGCUAUGAAUGUUCAGGAAUACAAGGCUUACAUUCUGCCAGCUUGGCAUCUGAUUGAAUUAAUGUUUGUUUCACAGCUUAGCACUUUCUCCCUUAUUGUUAUCUUCAUUUGUAUGCGUUUUAACUGUAUGUUUAUCCUUAUUAGACUAUAUUGUAUAUGUAUUUAACCAGUGUAGAUGUAGGCAGAGUAGUAGCUUACUGUUGUAUAUACAAAGAUGAUUUUCACUAGGUAUUUGAUUUUUAGGUAUUUGUAUGAUCAGAGGAGCUCUUUGUAAAUAAUAUUUGUAGAUAUAGUUAAUUAAAAGGUAAUUUGAUUAAAAUGUACUGAAACUGAA